UUCCCUGGCGGGUCACGACGGGAAAGCGUCGGCGGCGGCGACAAAGUCGCUGGCGAACGGUGUCCAAAGCCUGUCCUCUGCCCGCUCUCCAUGGCGUUUAGUUUCAGGAGAGGCCGGAGGGGCCCCUUCAAACAUAUUGCUCAUGGCCUCGUCCCUGCUGCUACCAUAGCUCCUAAACCUGCAGUUCCCCGCACCCCUCCCCCUCGUAGUCCAAACCCUUCUCCAGAAAGGCCCAGAUCUGCUCUAGCAGCAGCUGUUUUUGCAGCAGCGCUAACAGGGCGCACUGUUGCUAUUCCUCAGCCUCGGCAGCGAUCACUUUCAGAAGGUGAUUCCACCUAUGUGGAGCAAGAAUGUUUUGAACCAUAUGCAAUAGUCUCAGAGUUCAGAAUGGGCACUGACUGGAAAAUUGAUGGUAGUGAGAGAUCAUCUCUUCAGUCUGCAGAAAUCUCAGGCAAUGAUGGCGAGGAUGAGGACAUGGACACUUACCUUUCAAAUCCUGAUAAACAGACAGAGUCCAGCUGUCAGAGUGAUGAGAAAAGGGGAGAAAGUUGUAGCACCGAUGCUAUUUAUGCUGUUCCCUGUAAAAAUAAAACGGAAGAGUUUCCACCAUCUCCUAGUACUAAUGCUGAAGAGAAAGAGAUACCUUCUCGUGAAACUGAGUUUCAGCUGCUGGUGAGAGAGUCAGACAAGCAACUAGAAGAAGACCAACCUAUCAGCUUGAAUGUAAAGGAAGAGAAACCAUUAGCUGAGAAUCUGACCUGCGAGAAGCCUCCACCCUCCCCAGACCUGUCUGCGCGAGCAAGACGAGUACGGGAAAACCUGACUAGAGAGAAGUUCAGAGAACUGAAGCAAGAAAACUGGUGUCUGAACAAGGCGUACCAGGCUAUGGCUCAACAGUUUGAGGGAACAAAACAGCAAAUUGAAGAACAGCAAUUAAAGAUGAAGAAACUAGAAGAAGAAAACCGAAGACUUAAAGAAGGUGCAGAGAAGUCACCUAGAGAAGAGGAGGCUACAGAAUUACUUUCUCUCAGGCAGCAAGCACAGGAACUGGUAGAUGAAAACGAUGCUUUGAAAAUGACAGUCCAUCGUUUAAAUGUGGAAUUGAGUCGCUAUCAAACUAAAUUCAGGCCAUUGUCCCAAGAAGAGCAUCUAAAACUGAAAAGUUUACCCAUAAGAGGACCACCACCACCAUGGCUGUUGGAUAUGAAGUACUUGUCACCUCUUCUGUUGGCAUAUGAAGACAGAAUAAGAGAAAAGGAAGAUUUAAAUCUUGAACACGAGGAGGAGAUGAAGAAUUUUAGAGUACGAGUUGAAGAGCUGGUGAAGGAGAACGAAGACCUGCAUGAACAAUUACAUAAAAUUAACUGUAUUAGUCCCACAGAAUGGCAACACCUACACACUCAGGCCAAACUGGUCUUGGAAGAAAAUGGGUUGUUGAGGGAGCAACUUGGAAUUCAACAAGCUAAAGCAAAAGACAGCCACAGACAACAUGUUCAAGAAGCUUCAAAAUUGACCAAACAGAUAGUACUCUUAGAAGAAAAGAAACAGAGUCAAGAAGAGGAGAUAGCAGGGUACCAGAAGCAGUUGGAAGCCUUGCGUUCUACUUGUGAAGAGCUGAAAGCCAAACUGGAGAGCAGAAUAGCAGCAGAGGAGCAUUUUGCUUUGGUGAAUGAUCUCAAAAGCCACUUAGAGCAGGAGCAGGAGGAAAAGCGCCAGGAGGUGGAAGAUCUAAUGGGAAAGAUGGCGUCACUACAAGCUCAGAACAAGAAACUGCUUUUGGAGAAGAACAGCUUCAUGUCCGACAAGAAGAUCCUGGAAGCAGAAAUGGAAGCAACACAAAAGACAAACAGGCGAUUAAAGAAGAAAAUGGGUCUUUUGGAACUGCAGUUGGAGAAAUCAAUGGAAAAAGAAGUUGCAGCCCAUCACUAUCUGACAAACCUUAUUGGUUUGGUGGAGAAGAUAGGUCAGGAACGUGAUCAUAUUAUUCUUUUGGCCAGGUGCUUGGAGAAGGAGAAUCAUGGUGUUCUCAACAAAAUAGUGGAAGGCAGUCUGCGCUUAGGAAGGCUGGAAGAAAAAGUGAAGGUAUAUAGAAAGAAAGUGUCUGGGAAGCUUGGAGAUAUCAGUCUCAAAAUGAUUGAGCAGGAGCAGGAGUUUGCAGAGAAGGCUGCUCAGUACCAGCAAGAGCUGAAGCACCUCCAGCGUCUGCUGCAGGACAAGCAGGAAAGCCUUGAUGAAGUGCUACAGCAGAAAAGGAAGGUCGAAGGGGAACUUGAAAUCAUUUGGGAAUCCACAUCCAAUGAAAACCGGAGGAUGAGAGAACUCUUGCAUAAAUCCCUGAAGAGCCACAGGAGGAGCGCUGGCAUGGGACAUGAGCCAUGCUUAGAUGAAGUCUCUCAGAAGGACCUGGUUUAUAGACAGGAUUUCAGCUAUUGUGAUGUGAAACCUCCAUCCCCUACUAAAAAAGAAAUUCCUCAGGAAUCUCUGUGAUAAUAAAGAUGUUACACAUCCCGUUCAGGAGAA